GUUGGAACUUAAAAAACCUUAAACCCUGCCAAUCUGCUACGCCUUCCUCUGUUAACUAUUCUCGAUUCCCACUGAACAAAAGAGCGAAGCCCCCUCCGCUAUGAUGGUUAUGGUGCCCAAUUUUCCACUCACCACCAAACAGUAAUAUACUCUAUUUCAGCGCCGCCGUUUCGCACAACCCAGCAAUGCCGAUACACUCAGUGCUAAUCCAGAAACUCUUGAGCACAAAUGCGCACCUGGGGAAGCGUGUGGCGGAGAACCACUUCAAGAUCUACUCCGCCGGUUCCCGGAACGCCAUGACCAUAAUUGACUCCGAUAAAACCCUCAUCUGCCUCCGCAGCGCCUGCGACUUCAUCGGAAGCCUUGUCCGCAGCAAGGCCCGCUUCAUCUUCGUCAACACUAACACCCUCUUCGAUGACAUCAUCGACCAUAUGACCAAGACCAUCGGCUGCCGCAACGACACUUCCUGGCGUCUCGGAGGCUUUUUGACGAACAGUUCGAGCCCAAGGAAGUUUCGGGGCAGAAACAAGAAGCUCAACCUCACUGCCGUCCAUCCUCCCGAUUGCAUCGUGAUUUUCGACAGCGACCGGAAGUCUUCUGUCAUUGACGAGGCUGCUAGGCUUCAGAUUCCUGUCGUGGGGCUAGUUAACUCCAGCAUGCCCUGGGAAACAUUUAAGAAGAUCACUUACCCUGUGCCAGCAAAUGACUCUGUACAGUUUGUGUAUUUGUUUUGCAAUUUGAUUACCAAGACCUUCCUUUAUGAGCAGAAGAAGUUGAAUGCUGGCAAGCCUGAAACUCGAGAAGAUGUUCAAUUAUCUGACCAAAGCAAGAUGACUAGCAAGAACAAUGUGUUGGUCCUGCCAUAUGAAAAGUUAGAACUGCUUUCUGAGGAUCUUUCCGACUCUAAACAGCUACUAGACAAACUUGUUAUUUUGAAAUGCAUUGGUAAUGUGGGUACAGAAAUGGGAUUGAAUAUGCCAAAAUGUACUCUUGAAAUAUCUGAGGACAAGACUUGUUUGGAUAUAAUUAUCGACAAUGUCGAGUCCCUCAAUUUGAAAUAUGGAUGCAAUGUUCCCUUGCUUCUGAUGAGCACAGUUAACACAGAAAAUGCUUUCCAGAAGGUCUUGAGAAAACAUUCUAAUAAAAACGUCCACACGUUUAUUCAGCAUCAUGGUGAAACUAAUGGUAAUGAUUCUCUCCAGCAUAGUAAGAAAUCCAGUCCAAAGGAUCACUUAUACCCUUCCAACCUGAGUGAGGUUUUCAUUUCCCUGAAGAACAGCGGGAAACUUGAUGAUCUAUUGGCCCAGGGUAAAGAGUAUGUCCUUGUGGUGCAGCAAGACAACCUUGCUGAAUUGGCUGAUCCAAAAAUCCUAAGUCAUCUGGUUAGGAACAAUACCCAAUACUGCAUUGAGGUGUUGCCUACCACAUCUGGUGUGGAAAAUCUUAAACUCUUGGCUCAAGAACAGAAUAUCCAGGCGGAGAAUUUGAAAUCGACCAAGAAACUGUGGAUGAAUAUGAAUCUCAUCGAAUCACUAACAAUAAGAACUAAUCUGAAUUUCUCAAUGUCAGAGUUUCUAGAUCAGCCACUCGCUAUAACUGUGCCAAUGUCUAAAUACCUUCCACUUCAGAAGACAUCAGAUUUACUUCUUUUUCGGUCUGAUCUUUACAGUUUAGUGGAUGGCGUUAUGACCCGAAAUGCUGCAAGAACAAACCCUUGUGAUCCUUCCAUUCAGUUGGGGCCCGAGUUUGAAAAUGUUAACGAUUUCGAUACUCGUUUCAAGUCCAUUCCUAGCAUUGUGGAGCUUGACAGCUUGGACUUGACCGGUGAUGUUUAUUUUGGAAGUGGAAUCACUCUCAAGGGGAAGGUUGUUAUAAAGGCACUGCCACUAGUGAAGAUAGUUAUUCCGGAUGGGACGGUUCUUGAAAAUAAGGUUAUUACAAAACAAGCUGAUGUUUGAAGUGCAUCGCUGUAAUCAAGGUUGCUAGGCAAAAAACCCAGAAGUUGUAGCCUCCAAAGAGUUAAAUUUUUAGAGUUUCCUAUUUGAUUAAAAGCUGCCGAUUGUUUCUGAAGAACUUAACACGCAAUACGUGCGGGUCAAAGGUGGUUGAGUUGCAGGGCUACAGCGUAACAAUCGCAGUAAUAAAGUUGUAUUCAUUUUCAUAUUUAAUGAUAAAUUAUAAAAGAUAAAGUGGUCUUCAAUUGUUUAAACAUUAAUUUUGUAUUCCGUAAUACCUAAAUCUCUAAACUAUCUAAACUUUUCCUUCUGCCUCGUCCCAAAAUUACCUCACUUUACAGGAGAGCAUUUAUGCAUUGUAUCUCUCUCAAAAUAAAUGUUGGCCACCGUUUUCUUUUUUUAAUAUUGGCUUCUUUUGUUU